AUGGUGUUGCAAGGCCCAGAUGGGCAGAACUUCAAUGUACGGUUAUGGCGUUCCAUCAAAAAGUUGGAACUUCAACACGGCUGGAUAAACUUUGUAAAUUAUUAUGGGCUGGAAGUGGUUGAUCUUCUAGUUUUUAAAUACACUUCUAAGUCAUGCUUUAAAGUCAAGAUUUUCGAUGAAACAUCAUGUGAAAAAAAUCAAAGAAUACAAAGAAAAUCUUCAAUUCAGGGCAAUUCAUCCAAUAACCCUGGACAUUUCGCAUCUGAGAAGCAUGGGACAAUGGAAUCUGAUGCUCCUUUUAUAUCAGAUAAACCCUCUUGUACAGUGGCUAUCAAAUAUCAUGAGCGUAGUUCAAAUCAACAAAUAGACAGUAAACUGCUGAUUGAUCUGGAUUCUGAUGAAGAAGAUAACCCUGAGUUUCAAGCGGUGACUGAAAUUCAAAGAACAAAAAGUAUGCCUCCCUUCCUCGGUGACAUGAGAAUGGAGUCUGCUGCUCCUUUCAAAUCAGAUAAACCCUUUUGUACAAUGGAUGUGAAAUCAUGGAAUGAGGAUAAUCAGGCUGAGGAAGGGGAUGAGGAAGCAGAUGACCUAGCAAUGGAUAAGGCCGAUGAAGAGGAAAAUGGUGAUAAAGAGGAUGGUACAACGAUACAUGAGGUUGAUGAAGAGGAUGGAUCCACUAAUCAUGAGUUGGUAGAGAGCAAGGCUAACGAUGAGGCCGACAAUGAGGGAAACGAUGAUCCUAAGGAAGACAAGGUGGAUUUAAUAUUAUAA